AUGGUUUCCUUUCUAGGACGCACAAAAAAGGGGGCAAACCCCGACCCUUGUGUAGCUCCAGAAGAGCUUGUACAGGGUAUGAACGUUUGGUGCGAUGCAGCCCCAAGUGUAUUAGAGGACUCUGCUGUUCUCUUUGCAAAAUGUCUGGUCUUAGAUGCAAACGACAUUCAAAGGGUUUUACUCAGAGAAAUAGCAAUUCCGGAAAGGGAAUUUGUAGCUAGUUUAAACCAUUUGUUUCACUGCAAUGAAAAUACUGACGCUCUCUCUGUCUCCGACUUGGGGCUCCUCGCACACCCCAAUGCAGCCUCUGUCCUUGAACUCCUCAAAAUGAGAUAUAUGCAAGAUGUUGUCUAUACCUGGGCAGACCCUCUUCUAAUAUCUAUAAACCCUUUCUGUGAUUUAAAAAAUUGUACACAAGAAGAAAUAAAAUUAUAUAGCGAGGCUAUGAAUGUUGGUGUGCUUCCUCCUCAUAUCUUUUCUAUUGCAAGAAGAGCAGUAGAUAAUAUUAAUGCUACGGGUAUUAAUCAAACAAUUCUUGUUUCAGGGCAGUCAGGUGCUGGAAAGACAGAAGCAACUAAACAAAUCAUGCGAUACUUGGCUACAGCUUCAGGAGAAGUUGAGGCUGCAGGAAAACCAAAAGAUACAAGAAUUGAAGCCUCUGUCAUGGCUGCCAACCCCGUCUUAGAAGCAUUUGGAAACGCAAAGACAAUACUCAACGAUAACUCAAGCAGAUUCGGAAAAUUCAGCGAAAAUGAGAGAUCAUAUCAUAUAUUUUAUCAAUUAAUUAAAGGGGCUUCAAGAGAAUUAAGAAAUAAACUUCAUUUAAAGACAUGCGAAGAGUAUAGGCUUUUGAAUCCUCAGUGCAUUGACAUACCCAAGAAGGAUGAUGCUGCAGACUUCUUAGAAGUAUUAAAGGGGUUUGACUCCAUGGGCUUAGGUGUACAGACAGUUGAAAGUGUAUUAUCUCUUCUUUCGGGUAUUUUACUGCUGGGUAAUGUGCGCAUCAAUCAAACAGAAGUAGAGGGGCUUCCAGAUGCUGCAGUCAUUUGCGAAGAAGACAGAAAAGACUUCCAAGUUACAGAAACUGUCGUUUGA